AUGCGGGUGCGUUUCCAUGGCAGUAGGUCUGAGCCGUUGAGCGAGGAUGGGGAGAGCACCGGCCCAGGUGAGCCUCAUGCAGUGGUCGAGAACCAAGACAUGAUCUUCUUUUGGAAGCCCAGAGGCUGGUCGAUGAGUGUGGGAAAAGAGCGGCAAGGAGCUGAUGAAGUCGAGAGAGAAGAGCAUCGCUUGGAGAUCUGGCUGGCGGAGCACUGGGGUCGAAGCUUUCCGAUCGCUCAUGCGGCAGAUCUGCAGCAUGGUUUGCUUCACCGGCUGGACCGCGACACGAGCGGCCUGGUGGCCUGGGCCAAGACGUAUGAAGCAUACUACCUUGGCAGAUUGCAGUUCAGUCUCCAUCGAGGCUUGGUGAAGCGAUACCUUUGCGUGUGCUGUGGCCAUUUCCCUUUGGACCGCCAAGGGUGCUUCAUCGAAACCUCUCUGCGGAUUCAGCCGGCCAAGGGCGAGACGUCCAAGCGCUGCCUCCCGGCGCGAAUUGGACUACCCGCGAAGACCAUGGUACGGCAGGUCGCGCACUUUGCUGGGCCUGGUGGGGCAGCGCUUAGCUUGGUGGAGGCCGAUCGGAAGGAUGCUACGGUGUAA